AUGCAACUUGCUUACGUACGAAGCGGUUUGUUCGACGCGCUCACCUGCCUAACCUUUCCCUCUAGGCCGGAGCCAAAUAUCUUGCUGUUCCGGCGGCCUAUGGGCACCGACCCCGUCACUGGGGCAGUAGACCCGGCGCGGCUGCGCAUGGCUGAAGCAGCUUUCAGGCAACAGCUUAUGAAUCAGAACCGAUCCUGA